AUGCUCAACCCGGACCUCUUCACGCCGAAAUCGUCUUCCUCGUCAUCAAAGAUCCUAUCGGCCGCCGGUAUCAUCGUCAGCAGUCUCGCGUUCAGAGUGGCGAUCUCCGUCUCGGCCGCUUUUCUUACCACGUAUAUCCUUCAGCACCGCAGCACAAAACUCCAGCUGAAGCCCAAUCUCAGCAAAGUCAGAGAGAAACUGAAAAAGGACGGUCGGAAUGUGCCGCUUAACUCGCAUGAGAUCUCACUGAUCCAGGAGUGUAUUCCGGAGGACAUCAACGUCAAGUUUGACGACAUUGGUGGUUUGGAGGAUAUAAUCGACGACCUGCGCGAGACUGUCGUCUAUCCACUCACAGUUCCGGGUCUCUUUUCGGGAAGCUCUCCGCUCCUACAGGCCCCUAAAGGCGUACUUCUAUACGGCCCGCCUGGCUGCGGCAAGACGAUGAUUGCCAAGGCCCUCGCGCACGAAUCGUCCGCAACAUUUCUCAACGUCAAGAUCUCAUCCAUAACCGACAAAUGGUUCGGUGAAUCAAACAAGUACGCGGCCGCGAUAUUCUCUCUUGCGCGCAAGCUCGAGCCAUGCAUCGUCUUCAUCGACGAAAUCGACUCGUUCCUGCGCUCGCGCGAAACAAACGAUAACGAGGCAAUGUCGAUGGUCAAGUCGGAGUUUAUGACCCAGUGGGACGGUCUCUCGAGCGGAGGCCGCAUCGUUAUCCUUGGAGCAACUAACCGGCCUAACGAUAUCGAUGCUGCUUUCUUGCGACGCAUGCCCAAGCGAUAUGGCAUCCGACUACCAGACUUGAAGAAACGGAUAGAAAUUCUAAAGCUUUCUUUACACGGUACUACACUGGAGGAGCCAUUCGACUUUGAGAAAGUCGCCAGACACAUGGAAGGUUUGAGCGGCAGCGGCAUCAAGGAGGCGUGUCGCGACGCGGCCAUGAUUCCCAUCCGGGAGUAUUUCAGAGACCACAGGAAAAAGCACGGCAUGAAGUUCGUGCCAACUGAGGAGAACGAUGCUCUGAAAACACGACCGCUCAGAGACUCGGACUUUUUUGUUGAAUGGGCUGCGAAGAAGAAAGACGAUGAGUUGGACGACUUAGAAUAA